CCGAUUUUCCCAGCCGGAAAAGCUCGCCGCGCGGCAACGCUCGAUCACUCGCCAAGUCACGACGACUCUCUCGCCUCCCGAGAGAGAACGAGGAAGCGAGCUCGAGCUUCGGAAUCAAUGGCGGCUCCACCGUCUCCGGCGGCGACCGCUCGUCUCCCUCCUCCGGAAGCCGCCGAAUCGCGGCUCGCCUCCCUCGUAUACGAUAUGUCGCAACAGGUGCAGGCGGCGAUGGAAAACAUGCUGAAGAUGAUAAAUGAAGCUGAUCAAAGCAGUGCUGGAAUUAUCGAGGAUAUAGAGAAGUGCAGGAAUUCCGCUCUUGAGAGGAAGAAAGGUCUGGAGGAAGAGAAGAAGCAAUUCCAAAGAGCUGCUUAUGCUGUUAUCGACAUGCUCAAUGUUGGAAAUUGAGAUUGGGAACUACAUGGACAACUAGCGGUUAUGAUAGGAGAGCGAUUACCAUGGCAAAGGUCCGAACAGCACUGUGGACGACAAGGUUUGUCAUGUUACCAAUCAAAUAUGCGGUGAGGCCAAUGUUGAAUAACAUGUAGACCAUAUUGAAUAUUUUCUCUCCUGUGUUCACUGCAUGCAAAUCUCCAUAGCCGACUGUGGUGAGGGUAACAAUUGACCAAUACAUGGAAUAAGUAUAGCCCAGCCAGACACUCCUGUGUUUGAAAUCA